GUUGUUGUAUAUCUCAUUACUAUACUUGUCAAAGCCGCAGUUAGUUAUAGUUGUAACCUGCGCUCUCACAUUCAGUGAAUUUAAUUAAAGUACUAUCGUUUAUUGUUGUGAUAAUUAGUGUAAUUUUUCAUAAUUCACAAUUUCCAUACACUUUGUUUAAAAAAAAAAAAACAAAAAACACUUCUUCCCCGAAGUUUACCACGUGAAAGUUGUUUUCUUUCCAGUAAAUUCGAGAAUCGUUUUGCAAUCACAGUGGAAUGAAUGUUAAAACGUGUUUUAAAAUUUGUGCCAAAGUUUCAAAUUAACAACGUGAAACAUAUGAUGAGUGAAACAACGAGUAAUGAUGAAGUUCACAUGACAACGCAUGAACUUAUAACAAAACAUGGUUAUAUAGCUGAAACACAUCAUGUUUGGUCGGAGGAUGGUUAUCGUUUGGAAUUACAUCGGGUUUUGUGUCGUGCACAGGAAAAUGGAAAAAAUCACAAUACUCAAGAAUUUAGAGACGCUAAUUGUAAUUUAGAAAAUGAUAAAUUACCACUUGAAGUAUUAAACUCAAAAAACAGAAUCUCUAAGCAACCAAUUUUAAUUAAUCAUGGCCUUCUAUCAUCAUCGGCCGAUUGGGUUCUACUUGGUCCACGUAAAGCACUCGCGUAUAUUCUUUGCGAAGAGGGCUAUGAUGUUUGGUUAGCAAAUGUCCGAGGCAAUAGUUAUUCGCAAUGUCAUAAAAAUUUGACUGUAAAGGAUAGAGAAUUUUGGAAUUUUAGUUUCCACGAGAUAGCAAUUUACGAUGUUCCGGCAAUGAUUGAUUAUGUUUUGGAAAAAACGGGUCAUUUAAAUUUAUACUAUAUUGGCUAUAGUCAAGGGACAACGUCAUUUUUUGCAAUGUUAAGUGAGAAACCGGAAUAUAAUGCAAAAGUGAGAUCAAUGAUAAGCCUCGCGCCAAUUGCAUUUAUGUCAAAUCAAAAGAGUCCAUUACUCAAACUUCUUGUACGAUUUUACAGUGUUGUGGAAUGGGGCUCAUUUUAUUGCAAUAUACAUCAAUGGUUUCCACGACAUCGUUUUCCAGCUCGCGCUUUAGGAACAUUUGUACGUAACAGUCCCGAUACAUUGACACGUAGUUUUUGCAAUUGUUGGUUUCAUUUAAUCGCCGGUUUUGGAAGUAAUCAACUUGACAAAAAAAUGUUGCCAUUGAUAUUUGGUCAUUUCCCAGCUGGAGCAUCGGCGAAGCAAAUGAUUCAUUUUAGUCAACUUAUUUUGAGUGAAACAUUUAGAAAGUUUGAUUAUGGUCUCUCAAAAAAUUUGCUUAUCUACAAAAGUACACAGCCCCCAAAAUAUAAUUUAGAACGAGUUAAAGUUCCGGUUUAUAUUUUUUAUAGCGAAAAUGAUUUCCUCACACAUCCGGUGGAUGUUCAGCGGCUCGCCGAAAAACUUCCGAAUGUUGUCAAAAAUCAUAAAAUAGAAUACAAUAAAUUCAAUCAUAUUGAUUAUCUUUGGGGUAAGGAUUCAAAAGUUCUUCUCUACAAUUAUAUUCUCAAAGCUUUAAAAGACUCGUAACAUUAUAUAUUAUUUUUAAAGAACAAAAUUUCCCUCCUUAAAAAAAAAAAAAAAAAAAAAUCUCAAAACUAUGUAAAAAGAGCAUUUUUAAAUAUAUAUAUAAUAUAUAAUAAUUUUAUUUUCUAAGAAAAAAAAAGAAAAGACAACAAAAAUUACAAUAAAAAUGUCAGUAAACAUUUUUGCUGUAAAUUUUUUUAAGUAUAAAAAAAAAAAAUUCUGUCAUAGAGAAUGUGAAUGAAAAAGUUUUUAAAUGACAAAAAAAAAAAAGAUUUUAAAAAAAAUUUAAUUACAAAAAUAAUGGAAUAAUAAAAAAAAAAAGAAAAAAUUAUUUGAAGAAAAGGAAACGAAACAUUAUUCUUAAAAAAAAUCUAUUUUAAAAUUUUGAGAAAAUUAAAAAAAAAACAAAAAAAAAAAGUAUUUUGUUCGAAAGGCUGGUACCAAUCGGCAUUUAAUAUUUAACAAAGAAAGACUGUAAUAUGGAAAUUAAAACAAAAUAAAUAUAUAAUAAUAAUGUGAAUAAAUGAAAACGAAUGAAAUGUCGUGUGUAUUUUUGUAUGAAAAAAAAAUUGAUAUUUCUAAUUUUAUAAAGAAAGAAUGAAUGAAAAUAUUUUUUUCUUUUAUAUUAUAUAUAUAUACUUAUAUUGUAAAUGUGACAAAUUGUAUUUAUUUGAUAUGAAAAUUCAUUAAAG